AUGGCAAACUAUGACCCGUACGAGCGGGACUAUUCCCGCCGCUACGUCCGCGAGGAGCAGCGCCGCGACGACCGCGACCCUCGCUUCCUCGACGCCCGCGACUACGCCGCAAAGGUCUAUCCCUCGCGCGAUCUCGUGCCCCGUGCCCGCGAGGACAGUGACCUGUCCGUCGAGGAGAUCCGGCGAGACUUCCCCCCGCCCUCUGCCCGGGACGCUCGCCGCGCCCGCUCCGCCGAGCCGGGCUACUAUGAGGCCGAGUACGACUACUACCGUCGCGGCGGCCAUGACCCUCGCUACGACCGCGACCAUGACCGUUACUCGCGCCGCUCCCACGGAGGAGGCCCCAGCAGCCUCCACUACCAGGACGAGCACCACCAGCGCAGCCAACGGCCCAAAAGCAUGACCAAGCAGGACAAGCUCAUCGCUGCCGUUGCCGGCGCCGCCCUCCUCGUCGGCGGCAAGGAGCUCUACGACCGCCACGAGGCCAAGACGGACGGCUCCGAUGUCCAGCGCAACCCCCUUUCCUCGGCCGCCCUCGCCGGCUUCGGCGCCCUCGCCGGCUAUCAGGGCGCAGAGUUCUACAGCAAGCAGCAGGCCCAAAAGGACCAGACGGCCACCUACAUCCUCCACCGCGGUCGCGACGGCCAUGUCAGCGAGUACUACUCGGACGAUCAAGACGACGCCCCCAAGGAGAAAAGGGGCCAUCGCAACUUUCUCGAAAACGCCAUCGCCGCCACCGGCCUGGGCGCCGCCGUGAAGUCGCUCACCGGCGCCGGUGACGACAGGCGCUCAGACACCCGGAGCCGCCGCGGCGAUAGCCCCUCGGGCUCCCGCGCCCCGACCGGCGCAAACAAGAUGCAAAAGGCUGCCAUGGCCUCCCUCUUGGCCGGCGCCACCGAGGCCUUCCGCGUAGCCAAGGAGCCCGGCGGCUGGAAGGGCGAGAAGACGAAGCGUGUCCUCACUGCCGCCGCCGGUGCUGCCACCGUUGAUGCCGCCCAGGGCGAUGGCCACAGCAAACUGGGCCUCGCCGAGUCCGUCAUCGGCGGCCUGGUUGGGAACCGCCUCAUCAACGGGUCCAAGAAGGAUAUCGAGGAGGACAAGCUAACGGGCAGAAGUCGUUCUCGCUCCCGAGCCCGCUCCCGGAGCCAUGGCGGCUCUACCGGCGGCGGCGGCCCCUCUGGCCUUGCGGCCUUGGCCACUGCUGGCCUGGGCGCCCUUGGAGCCAAAAAGGUGCUCGACCGCUCCAGGUCCCGCAGCCGCGGGCGCGAUUACGACUCGAGGAGCCCGUCGCCCGAUCGCCGUCGGCAAAGGAGCCGGAGCCGCAGCGUCGUCGACAAGGCCCGCAACAGCCUGGCCAAGCUGGGCAUCGGCAGCGGCGCCGUCGAAGCUGCCGACGAGCAUCGCCGUCGCGACCAGGACGACUUUGAUGACCACGCCAGCUCCCGCCGCUCCCGCCGGUACUCGGACGACAUGUACGAAGAGGACCCCCGGUCCGGCUACGGGACCGAUUCGGACCUUGGGGACUCGGAGGAGGACGAGAAGAGGGCCAAGAAGAUGAGAGCACACGGGGUCUAUCAGAGCAUGGAGAAGAGGCGCUCCCGCCAGAGAGCAGUCCAGGAGGGGAGAAUGAGCCCUGAGGAGGCCAAGAAGCUCAAGACAAAGGCCGUCAUGCAGGACGCGGCAGCCGUCGGCAUCGCCGCCCUGGGCAUCAAGGGCGCCCUCGGGGAGAUGAAGGAAGCCAAGGAGAUGACCCACGAGUGCAAGGAGUUCAAACAAGAAAAGGUUCGCCGCCACGAGAGGCGCGAGCAGCGGCGCAUGCAGCAGUACCGCGGCCUCGAUCACCGCGACCGGCGGGCCGACAGCGUCCCGGCGCGUCCCCGGUCGCAGCACUACUACCCAGACUCCGAGUCCGACGACUACGACUACGGGCCGCGGUACACUGAUGACAAUCCUUACGGAGCUGCGAGGCUCCCGGCGCCGCCCAUGGGCCGUGCUGGAUAG